AUUUUAUCUACUUACAAAUUAUAUGAUUACACACAUUCUAGUAGUAAUGCAAGUUGUAUUAUCCCCAAUCUUUAACUUUAGACCCCUCCUCGAAUGUUAAAUUUUAAUUUCAUCAACUUUUUGCUUAAUCUUGUCCAAAAUUCAUAGAUCGGUAUUCCAUAAGAAAGUGAGCUUUUUCAGAGUGUUUUUCUCCAAAUCUACCGGUUCUAAUGCCAAUCAGCCAAAGACUCAUUCUCCAUAGCUUACAUUAUUCUUAGGACUAAACAUUUUAUUUUCCUUCUCUUAAUAUAAACUAACCCAACUUAACGAGCAACCAACCAAAUCUAGCCCUUAUUUCCAUGCACUAUAGAAUCACACAUUUCUUAAAUGCAUUUAUCCGACUAUAUUGAAGCAAAAAAAUUCGGUCACACACGCCUUCACUUACUUCUUGCGUGCACUAAUCCAUUGGUUGGUGAAGUUGAGAGAGAGAGAGCCUAUAUAUAUAUAAACCCUUCUUUCCAUACCAAAACACACACUCUUCAACUCAUCAUUUCUAACAUUAUGGCAGAUAAAAAUACUCACUCCCACCACCUUGUUAUCAUAACCAAAGCCACCAUAUUAGCUCUCUUAAUCACACUCCAUUCCUUUGGACAUAUCAAUGCAGUAAGCCACUCCUCUUCCUCAGUAGCAAACCACAGUAGGCAAGGCCGCUGGGACCUUUUACUUGACAACGUAGGUGUAGUAGCCAUGCACAUGGCCUUAACUCACCACGGCACAGUCAUCAUCUUCGACCAAACUCAGGCUGGCCCCUCCCGGUACCAGCUCCGCCGUCGAUUCAGCAGCGGAAGACAAUGCUCGCGGUCGGGCGAUGAUGUCUCCGACCCUUCGUGCUUCGCUCAUUCCAUCGAGUACGACAUUUCAACUAACAGAAUAAGGCCUCUUAGGCUUGACACCGACCCUUGGUGCUCCUCGGGUUCUUUCCUAAGCAACGGGACACUCCUCCAAGCCGGCGGAAACGGCCGAGGCGCUCGACGCAUCAGAUACUUCCGGCCUUGUAACAAUCACCACUGCGACUGGAGGCAGUCUAGGACACAACUUUCGGAUGAAAGAUGGUACGCGUCGAGCUUGGCAUUGCCGCAACGCGAUAGGGUUAUUGUCGUUGGAGGGAGGAGAGUGUUCAGCUACGAGUUCGUUCCAAAGAUGUCUUCGAACGACAAUCAAGCGUUUCAUCUCCCUCUUCUGAGAAGCACAAACGACAGGAACUCGAGAGGAAACAAUCUUUACCCGUUUUUACAUCUUUCUUCGGAUGGUAACUUGUUUAUUUUCGCUAACAGGGACUCGAUACUCUUCAACUACAGACGAAACAGGGUUGUUAAGAACUUUCCGAGGAUACCUGGAAACGGUUCGAGGAACUAUCCCAGUACUGGUUCGUCGGUCAUACUUCCUUUAGAACAUGCUGAUAGGUUUCAGAAAGUCGAAGUCAUGGUCUGUGGUGGCUCCGCCUCAGGGGCCUACCGAGCUUCCCGCCGGCGUCAUAGAUAUCUUGAAGGCUUGAACUCAUGCGGAAGGAUGGUUAUCUCAGGCAACACACACAAGUGGAGCAUGGAGCGCAUGCCAGGUCCUCGUCUAAUGAACGACAUGCUACUACUCCCAACCGGCGACGUUCUAAUCAUCAACGGCGCCGAGCGCGGCGUCGCCGGUUGGGACAGAGCAAGAAACGCCUCUCUCCGGCCAUUUCUCUACAACGCAACAAAACCACAAGGAGGAAGAUUCUCUCUCCUGAGACGUACAAGUAUCCCAAGAAUGUACCACUCCUCGGCGGUCCUCCUACCCGACGGGAGGGUCCUAGUAGGGGGCAGUAACCCUAACGACAGGUACACAUUCAGCGGCGUCUCCUACCCAACUGAGCUGAGGUUACAAGCUUUCAUUCCCUACUACAUGGACCACCAGUACAACUCUACGAGACCCGCGAACAUCACCAUACACAGCCAGCACCGCAACGGCGUCGUUUAUGGUGGAGAGUUCCACGUUCGGUUUUUCAUGGCUACAAAGCCCAGUCGAGACGUUGAUUUUGUCGUUUACGCGCCGCCGUUUACGACGCACUCGAUGUCGAUGAAUCAGAGAUUGCUGAGACUGAGGGCUAAGAGUAUGGAGAGAGAUAAGACUGGUUGGGUUAAUGCCGUUUUGGAGGCUCCUCCUUCUGCCAACGUUGCUCCCUCCGGUUAUUACAUGCUUACUAUUGUUAAUCAAGGGAUUCCUAGUCUUUCUCAGUGGGUCCGGUUCAUACAUAGUUAAUAGUUUAUAGUUCGAUCUUGAGGGUUUUUUUUUGUUUUGUAUGUCUGUAUGUGGAAAUAAGUUUGAAAUAAUGAGGUACAGAAUAAAUGUAAUAAUGGGUCAGAAAACUUAUCCAUUUUUAAUUAUCAAAGCUCAUAUAAUGAAAGAAUUGCAUGUCUUUA